UAUAUACUUAUUAUGGAAAAAUAUCAUUGUAGUGACAUCAAAAAGAGUGUCAGACGUCAGUGUUUGUCUCUUACAAUAAUUCCUUAUGCUAUCUAUUUUAACUAUUAUCUUUGAGUAACGGCAUUUACUGACACUUUUUAUGGAGUUUUAGUUUGUUGUUGUUUUUAAUAAUUUGCUGCUAAUUAUAUAACUUUUUGAAGACAGAUCAUGCCUCAAUCAGAGUUUUGGCCAUUUACUAGAAAUAAGGUUUCAGAUGUUGGAUUUAACGAAGAAGCCUCUAACAUGCAAAAGCAACUUGGUGACAUGGAAGGUCAAGUUAAAGAAAUUCAGAUGGAAUUGGCGGCCAUUAAACGCGACCGAAUGGAUUUGUUAGCGCAGAAUCAAAUUAAAAUGUCCGUAAAGGAAUCAGAAGGUGUUAAUGAGACAAGUCUAUUCAACGAAACUUAUAAUAAACUACAAGGAAACAGCUGUGAAAAAUAUAUGGAGGUCAAUAAACUCCGCGAAGAAUUAAUUAAAGCGAAAAAUAAUGCUGACCAAGAGAGGUUAAAAAGGGAAAAAUACGAAAAGAAGUUAAAAGAUCUGGAACUUAAGUUGAAUAAUAUAUGUUAUACAGGAAUGCUAGCUGAGGCAAAGGAUUCACGGAAAAUUAACGACGAAGAAGUUAGCAUCCUAAAGAAGCAAAUGAGAGAUUUAAAAGAUGAAUUAGAAGAAUCAAAAUUGAUUGUAGCUGAAAAAUCUGAACAGCUACAAGAGUACAGAGUUAAAUAUCUCCAAGCUCAGCAAGAAGUGGAAGAAUUGAAACGACAAUUUGACGUCGUGGAAAGCGAUAACAAACAGGUCUCAGAUCAGUUGCAAAUUGAAAUACAGAGGAUGAAGAUGCAAUUUCAAGAGAAACUUCAAGAGCUAGCGCCUCUACCAGACCUACUUAAGGGAGCGCAGAUACAAUUGGAAGAAGCCAAACAAUUACAGCGGUUGGCUGAGGAUACAUCGCGUCAACUGUCUAACGAGCUGCACUUUGUAAAGGAAAAGCUUGCAGCGGUAGUAAACAAUUUGAACCAGGAGAAACUUGAUAGAGCUAAUCUCAUGGAAGAAAAUAAAGCUUUGAAAGCAGAUAUCGAGCAAAAAGACAAGGAAAUUGAAAAACAGUGCCUAAACAUAGACGAUUACAAAUGCCAAGUUCUGAGAUUAGAAGAGAAACUAAACCAAGAAGAAGUUAGAUACAAUGAAAAGACUGCGGAAUGUUCGCGGUUAGUCGAAAAUCUGGAAGAAUUACGAGAAGAGACCAGCAGGACUUUGAAUCGAUCUAAAGAAAGAUCCGACUCUACGCGAAGAUAUUUACAAACACAAAUAUCCGAGCUUGAACGCCAAGUAAUACAAAGUCGAGCGCAAUGUAGAGCGGUUCAUAAGGAAAGAGACGAGAUCCGUCAACGCAUGCAGAUGCAAAUCAACAGCCUUCAAGAGAACUUUGAGCUAGUUGAGAUCAGACUUCGUGCUCUUCAUACCCAGGUCACGUCAUUAAUGAACACCUCGGUGCUUGUGCUCGCUGACAAUGACGAUAAUGAAUUCAACUAGUUUGCCGCAAUAAGUUGUUAGACGUUGGUUGUUUGAAAUUUAUUAUAUUAUUUACGAAUUUUUGAAUAAAUUAUGUUGUAUUA